UGAAUUCUGUAUUAAAAUGUAUAAAAUAAAUGAUGUAAAAUAUAAAGUAUGUCUGGCUUGUUUAAGUAGUGAUCGGGAACUGUUCUCAAUCGAUGAAUACAUUGAUAUUUUUAACACUAUUACUAAUGUCUCCUACAACGCUUUUCAACCAGUGUCUGUGUGCUGGGAAUGUCUAGCUAUAUUAAAAAAGAUAAAACUUUUUAAAACAAGAGUAGAAGAGGCACAGAGUAUAUUGUCAAAGCAACUUAUUAAAAAAAAGAAAUCUCAAUUCAAGACACUAUCAAGACUAACUACUACAUAUACAGAUAAUAUAAUAUUAAUAACACAUGACGAAAAUAUUGAAACAAAACAACAAGUACAAAUAAAAGAAGAAAUUAAUGAUGAUAUUGAUGUCUAUGAUGCAGAUAACAAUGUCCUUUGCCUUGAAGAAAUUAAAAAAGAAAACACCAUAGAUAAAAAAGUUAAAAAAGAGAGAACGAAAAAUAAAAACUAUAAACUUGUUUCUGGUGUACAGAGAUACAAGUUUUUGAGAAAAAAGGUUUCUAUUAAUCCAGAAGAUAUUCAAAUUUGGUUGAAUAAAGAUCGAAACAGUGAUUUUUAUAAGAAUUUCAAGUUUCAAUGUACAUUGUGUAUACAUAGCUUUAGUUCAAAGGAUAAAUUAAAAGCACACAUUUUAAAAUAUCACGAUGAGUCACUCGCUACAAAUAUAUGCACGACAUGCAAUUCCCGCUUCAGCACAGAGUCAGCUCUAUGCGCGCAUAUGCGGGGACACAUGCAUGGAUACGAAUGUAUCCGGUGCGGUUUCCAGUGUUACACACGGCGACGGUUUAAUGCGCAUAUUAACGCACAUGCCGUUGUGCUAUGCGAUAGCUGUGAUGCCUGCUUACCAGAUGUGGCAACAUUUUCAUAUCAUUACAAGACGUUGCACAGUUUGUAUAUAUGUGAUCAAUGCGGGAAGCGAUGUAAAACUAAACCUUUUCUGGAGAGACAUAUGAGCCGCCACGCCAGCGUUCACGCGUGCGCGUCCUGCCCGCGGCGCUACCGCUCGCGCGCGGGGCUGCAGCGGCACAUCACUAGCGCGCACAGCCCUAGCGCGGCGCCCGCGUACUGCGCGCCCUGCGACCGCCGCUACCGCAGCGCCGCGCUCUACAGGAGGCAUCUCACCUGCAGCGCCGCCCACGCGCAUGAGAGGGACAACCAAACGAAGAAGUUCCUCUGUCCGGAGUGCGGCAACAGUUAUUCGAGAAGGGUGUACAUGAUGAAUCACUACCAACAUGUUCAUAUGAAGCAGUCUAAGCAUUACUGUUCGCACUGUGAUAAGCACUUUCUGAAUCGAACCCGCUACCUCGACCACAUGAGAUACCACCACGAGGGCGUUCAGAAGGAGAGGAAUAAGUUAUGUAACAUCUGCGGGAGAGGAUUUGCUGCAAACCGCACUUUAAUGAAUCAUAUAAGGACACAUUCUGGCGAGCGUCCCUACGAAUGUGAAUACUGUUCAGCUAAGUUCACACAACGGACCUCCAUGCUGACACAUAUCAAAUAUAUACAUUUGAAGAGCAAGAGAAAGGUGCAGUGGCAGUAAACGGGCUCUCGUAUAGAAUGACUAAUGAUUAAAUACACUUGUGGGCUGCCCCACGUUGGGCGCCAUUAUUGAAGGUAAUAACACCAGCCUGUAACUGGCCCACUAAAGGCCUCUCGUGCAGAGAACAAGCAUUGAUCUAACUGAGCAGUGUGGCUAUGGAAAAUAAACAAGAGAAAAUAAUGAAUAUUUAGCAAUAAAUAUAAUAAUUUUAAAUU